AGUUAGCUGCACGCCACCCAAGGAUUCCAAACGUUUUACCUUCUAGGUGCUUUGAGAUUAUUGCAGAGAUAAAGCAACCCUCUGCGAGCACUAAAUCAUGAAACUCUCUCUCUUCCCUCUGGCUCUCUGAUAUUUCUCUCCAUGUUACGCCGCCAAUGCAUAACCGGAUUUAAGCCAUGAUGAGUAUAACGCGAAUUUCAAUUUUCAUCAUUUCAGGGAUCCGUAUCCAUACCUCGACCGUUUGUUUGAUUCAUCUCCACAUUUAUUUUAUAAACUCCCCUUCUUCCUCGGUUUUUCCUCGGUUUUUCGGCUCACUCAAGUCCACAUUUCUCAGUCCUUUUGUCAAUGGGUUCCAAACCUCUAAACCCUAUGGCUGAGCCAUUUUUCUUGUACCGUUUUCACACACCCUAUUUUCCUGCUCGGCCUGUGUGCGCUUAUUCAAUCGUUCACCAACCCAGGUACUUUUUUUGCCAAAUGAACCCGGUACAACCUGACCCAACUACAAACAAGAGGCGGAGAAAGAGUGUUAAGGGAAAGAGGAGCUUAGCUUCACAGAGGCCCAGAAACCCUUUGAAGAAGCUUGGAGAUGAGACCCAUGUGGUGGGUGCUCCUAGGGUUGUCGCAUGCGUGACCAAGAAAGAUCUGCCGACUGGGACGACGUAUGCGGCGUCUUAUCGGCAGAUGAAGAAAGGUUCUGUGCGCGGCUGUGGUGGUGUUAUUCCGUUUCCUUCAAGUCCUGAUCUGGAAAAUAGAUCCGGUCCUACAACGAUCAUGAUAAAAAAUAUCCCAAACCAAUUUCAGAGGUGUGAUUUGCUGACCGUCCUGAGAAAUCACUGCCGUGAUGAGAACCUACGGGCUUGCAGAGAAGGUGUUUCCACGAAAUCUGAGUUCGAUUUUGUUUAUCUUCCAAUGGAUUUUAAGCAAUUUUGGAACCACAAGAGGACUGCCAAUCUGGGCUAUGCCUUUGUUAAUUUCACCAGUUUUACCGGCGCGUACAGAUUUUACAAGAAGUUCCACAAUGAACAAUGGAAGGUACGCAGCAACAAGAAAACAUGUGAAAUUACUUCCGCUAAGAUUCAGGGGCUGGAAGCUCUGAAGAAGAACUUUGAGAGUAAAGUGUUUUGGUGCCACACGGAGGAGUAUUUGCCUGCGGUGGUGGAACCUCCGAGUGACGGUGUUCUGCGGCAGCCCAAAGUCACUCCGGUUGGGACACGUGUAGGGUUGCCCUUCGUGGAUUAUAGAGAGGUUAAGAGAGAGAUCUGAUGGCAGUGCGUGAGGCUGGGGUGACCUGUGUUUUCAUUCUCUCCCUAGCUGGAGUAGUCUAAUCAGCACUUCUGAUUUUUACUUUGGUCGAAAAUCAGCACUUGGUUUAGUUGCAAUAUCUUAGGGUGAAGUGGAAACAUAGGGGUUUAAGAUCAUGACUAGUCUUGUUUAGUAGGUUUUUUCUUUUAAUCUAGUUUUGAUUAGCAUGCAUGUGAAAUGUUAAUCUCGGAUUUGCUUAAUUAUGGUUUUCUGAGUUUUCAUGUUUUAUGUGCCAUAGGUGCCAACUGCUGCU